AUGUUGGUGUCCUCGACAAUGUCUCAUUGCAUCACGUACGGAUACUGUGGAACGGAUGAUAUGUCGGGAAAACGGCUGCCGUGCGCCAUCAAGCGUGUUCCAGCCGCUAUGGACAGUGUACUCCUCAAGAAAUCAUGUCCCGCACUGGUCAGCACCAAGGGUCAUACGGCACUCACCUGCUGCGACGCAGAGCAGGCGUACACGAUCAAGUCUCAGUUGAAGAAACUCAUCUACCUAGGCGUUCGCAGCGACAGUGAGUGCUUCUUAAGCUUCCAGAAUGUUGUGUGCCAAGCGGUAUGCUCACCGCACCAGUCACAUUUUGUCGCCGUUUUUGCUAACCGCACCGAGGAAAAUUCUCCCAAGCCAUCCGUUACGGCGAUUGUCUACGCCGUUGAAAAGAAUUUCGCCGAGCAAGUGUACAACGCCUGCAAAGACGUCCGCACCCGCGUCUUCAGAAGAAGGCUGUUGAGCUACAUGUGUGGAAAUUACAGGGCUAACCAAUGCUCCGCCCAGCGUUUCCUCGACUACGUGGGUGCCGUUUACUCUGAAGGUGGAUACUCGCCGUUCAAGGUUCGUUAUGUCCUUACUGAGGUACCAAUUUUUGUCAACGGCCAGAAGUUGACGCCCUUCAAGCCCGAGCGUCAUUUCAUCGCACAGAAAGCUAAUGCAGACGCGUAUCUGCCACAGUUACCAAAAUAA